AUGGCGGCCGAGAAGCCGUAGGCCUCGGCCCGCUCCAUGCCGCCGCCGCGCUGGCCGGGAAGGGGCCGCCCUUCCGGGAGGGCUGAGCGGGGAGGAGGGGCCUGGCGGCGCGGGGCCGCGCGGAGGCGCUUGGCGGGAGGCGCUGUGUUGGACAGGAGACAAGCCGCUGUGUGUGAUCGCUGCUCCGGGCCGCCCGGCGCCAGCGCUGCGCGAUGCAGGUAACGCACCGGCUGGAGCUGUUCCCCGAGCACAGCGUCACCAUCCUGCUCUUCAACCGCGUGGGAAACGCCGCCGCUCUGCGGAAAAAAGCCAUGGAAGGGGCCAUUGAGGGAGCGUUAAUCAACCCUGCGAUGAUUGUAGAUCCUUUUCAAAUUCUUGUGGCAGCCAACAAAGCAGUUCAUCUACACAAGAUAGGCAAAAUGAAGACCAAAUCCCUCUAUGCAGAAAUUAUUUUCAGCCUUUCACCAAACAACAACAUUUCAGAUGCAUUUAAAAAGUUUGGCAUUUCAGACAGUGACACAGCAGUACUCAUUGUUCUGGUUGUGGACAGAGAAAAACCUGUAAACCUGGAAGAUAUAGCAUCUCAAGUAGAAGGCCAACAGGUUUCUUUAGAUGAACUCCCCCAACUUACAGACACUGACAAGGUUAAAAAGAUGUACAAAAUUACUCCGCAGGAAGAAAAAAUGAACACCUUAUUGGACAGUAUUGUUUGCAGAAUGUCAACAAAAGAUGUUUUAUGAAAAUCUGGAAAUAAAUAUUUUUUAAAGGAAAAAUAAGGUGUUUUAAGAUGUAAAGACACUUCAUUGGAAUUAUUUCUGUGUAUCAGAGAAAGGGUUGUAGUACAGAGUAUUUUGAUGACAUCUGGGCUUUGACCAUAAGUGAGCAGAUUUGGAUAUGAGGGUAAUCUGAACCACGUUCUCAGCACAGAGACCGAUUCUGUUGUGCAAAGUAGAACUUGCCAUUGGCAUUUCUGUCCAUUUGUUCUUUCUUAACAAGAAGAAAAAUCACUUUUGACAGUAUCCUAAGUUGAUCAUAAACAAAAGGCUUGGAAGUCUGUACUUUACUCUUUCAUCAAAUGUUUUGCUAGUCCCAGACAGGAUUCAAACAUUGUAGAUAAUUUUUAUUAACCCUACCCUGAUUUGUUGUGUUUUUACACCCCUAAAGGUUUAUACCCUUUUAACAAUAAUACUGCCAGAAAAGGUCUGUCUGUGGCAUAAAGUAUUGCCGAUGGAAAAAGGAAAGUUUCUGUAAGCUCUGAGCAGCACCUCUCUCUUUCUGCUAAUGGGGUAGAGUUGCUGCCCAGCCUUUGGGGAAAGGAAGAGGCAGGAGGGUCACUGUGGAGCAGAAGCAUCGGAGAUGUGCACAACAGUAGUAAAUGAGGUCAGUAGGGAUGAUGCUAAAGUGGUGUUAGCAGCUGACACUCCGGUGUCAUCAGAUACAGCGUGCUGCUGAGGUACUUCAGUGUUGCUGCGGUACUUCAGUGUUGAUGUUAAAAUGAGAGGUGCUUUUCCUUUGUAAUACUGGAUUAUACACGGUGAUGCUGACUUCCUAGGGGCUGGUUUCUGGUGGAAAAUUCACAGAGAAAUGUGCAUCAUGGAUUUACUCACUUAAAUUGUUGAUACAACUUACAUAGCAGUCUGAAAGGGUCAUUGAACUAAUUUUGUUGAACCAGUGAUAGGAAAGGUCAUCAAAGGGAACUAAGAAUAAUGUUGAUUUCCAGUAGUCACCAGGUAAUUUAAUCAUUGUCCUAAUUAGGUAGAAGUCCAUACUGUUCGUUAUUGUUAUACUGCAUUGUUUUUCUAGGACAUGUAUAAAACUGUAUAGCUGUCUGAA